UUUAAACUAUCAAGCACAUGCACACCGAGGCUUAAAAUUUCCUUGUCUCCUGCAGCUGACAAAAGGGCCAGCCAUGCUCAAAAUGAACCCUACCUCUGCUGCUGCUGUGCAUUUUCUCCUCCUCCUCUUUUGCACCUGUGUCUCUCCACAAUGCAGGACAGCCACGGAGGAUGAAUGCCAGGAUCCUCAGGAUUUUGUGCCGGGCCACGGCUUGGCUGGUGUGGGGUUUGAUAUAACAAAGCUAGAGCGGAAGGCGGCCAAGGUAUUGGAUAUGAGUAAAUGGCAGAAAGAAGACGGAACUUGCACCUUGUGCCAGAACCCGUUGUUGGACGGAAAACCGCUCCAGAGGCUCCCUCUGGCCAUUGCCGACUGGGAAGCCAAAGUGGAGUGCCAAAAGAACCUCCGCUCCUCGAUACAGGUCUCUGGCAUCUCUGUCAUCCAGGGAGCAGGAUCGAAUGUGAACAACGACUGGAAAGUCGGGCUGGAUGUUCAGGUGAAGCCACAGACAAAUGUCCAAGUGGCUUUGGCCGGCUCCCAUUCCAAGAUUGCUGACUUCAGCAUGGAGAAAAGUUCACAGGACCAGUACACCUUUGUUAGCCACGAAGUGUCUUGCUCCUACUACAGCCUCCGCGUUGGCCACCGUCGGAAGCUCACGGAGCAUUUCACACAUGCCCUAAAGAAUCUUCCUCCCAAAUACAACCAUGGCACUCGGCUGGAAUACCGCCAACUGAUUGGCACCUAUGGGACCCAUUGGAUCACCCAUCUUCGCUUGGGAGGACGGAUGAAAGAUGUGACGGCAACGCGGGUGUGCGAGACGGUGCUGGAUGGGGUGACAGCUGAUGAGGUCAAAGACUGCCUCAGCCUCGAGGCAUCUGCCAGUAUCGGCAAUUCAAAGGCAGAUGCCAGCUACAAAACGUGUCAAGAGCUGAAGAAGAAGCAGAACUUCAAGGGCAGUUUCCACAACACAUACAAAGAGCGGCACACGGAGGUUGUGGGUGGCAAGAGUCACAUGGACCUGCUCUUCUCCAGUGACCAAAACACAGAGUCCUUCAAAGAGUGGUUAGAAGGCCUCAAGUCUCUGCCCGACUUGCUCUCCUACUCCCUGGAGCCCAUCCAUACCUUGGUGCCCAAGGACCACCCUCAGAGGGAGACCCUGCGGCAAGCAGUAAGUGAGUAUGUGACCGAGAGGGUUCUCUGGAGGAACUGCACCCAUCCUUGCCCACCAGAAACAACCCGCAGUCCCCGAGACCCCUGUUCCUGUGUGUGUCACAGCAACGGUCUCACCGACUCCAUGUGUUGCUCUCGGAAACGAGGCCAAGGUAAGCUGACGGUGACAAUUCAACGUGCCCAUAACCUGUGGGGAGACGACAUUACUAGCACUGAUGCCUAUGUUAAGGUGUUCUACCAAAGAAAGCAGAGUCAAACAUCCACCAUAUGGAACAACAACAACCCAAUAUGGAAGAGCCACUUUGACUUAGGCAUCGUCCAGGUCUUGGGAGAGACCAGCAAGCUUAAAAUACAAGUCUGGGAUGAAGACCAUCGAUAUGAUGAUGAUCUUUUGGGGUCAUGUGAUUUCACCUUGCAGGCUGGGAAACCAGUGAGCACUGUUUGUUAUCUUAAACAUGGGAGUCUGCUUUUCCAGUACCACCUGGUCUGUGGUCCCUACCUAGGUGGUCCCUACUGUUUGGAUUAUGCCCCUCAGCAGCCAAAAUACGCAGGUGCCUUGUUACAACGUAAAGGCAAAACAGACCCCGUAACACCAAGAGCCCCCUGAUAGGGUUUAUU